GCCGUGCCCCGCCCCGCGCGGUCCCAGCCAACGCCAGCCCCGGGCUGGUGCCGCGAGCCCAGGCUGGGAGCGGAGCGAGGCGCCUGGAGUCCGCGGGCCGCGACGGCGUAGAUCUUCCUCACCUCCAGACACAACGGGACUGACACACAGGUGAACUCUCAGAGACUAUGGCAGCAGCACACACAGGCUCUAGUCAGAAAGGGCCCCAGCGCUGAGGGGAGAAGGGGACAUGAGCUCCCAUCCCUAACCAAGAAGCUAUCUCCAAUUGACAUCUGCUUGCAAAGGUAAUUCUCUCGUGUGGUUCACUAUUGGGAAACUGAGAAAGGAGAACCGAGUGAGAACACCGCUUCUCCCAUCUACCCUACACCACUUGGGGUAGAGUCCUGAGCUGUGCCUUUGGUUUUCCCGGGGACUUACAUUCAUCAUAAGCAGCAUCCUUUGUUUUUUUAAGGCUGGUUACCUCCUUGGAUGCAGACCGUGUUCACUGCAGAGCAAAGCCCGACUACCAGGCUGUCUUUCUUAAGAUGUCCUUGAAUGAGAGAAGCAGGGACUAGAAAAGGAAGAGGAAGAAAAGGAGGAAGAGGAGGAAGACUUGAUUAAGAAAGGUGAGCAGUUGAGGUCUGCUGUGCACCCUAGCCAUACUGUGCUGCCUCCACAUGCUGCAGACAUCAAGCCAAGGGAUGAAGCUCUCGUUCGAGUCACAGUAAACGUGUUUCUCUCUAAGUUGGUUAUUUCGGAUGCUUGUUGCUGUGGCAAUGCUGACUAAUGGAGCGUCCUACCAUUUAUCUGAAUAUUGUCAGCCAUAUCCUCAGCGGCUCAUACUGCCUUUAUGUACCAGUAGUUUAUGGGAACUCAAGGGUUCGCUCCUUCUUGUUUACUGCCUUAAGCUAAGUACACAGCAGAAUCUUGCUGUAAGGAUGUGACUUCAAAUUAUGACCUCUCAAGAUGUGGAGAACCUGAAGACCUCUACAAAUACUGUCCCACAGAGGAAAAACCACCCCCAAAAGAGGGAAGCUGGAACUGGGAAGCUUCAGCAACCUUUCUAAGGUCCCAUAGCAGCUUAGUGAUGAAAGGGGAUCCAAGUGCAGACAAUACAUACCAAUUGGACCUGCCCCAUCCGGGAGACCAGAAUGCUGCUCCUCUGCCACAUUUUAGCCGUCACCAUCCUCCAGAUCUUGAUCUUCUCAGAAAACUGGGCAUUUGCCAAGAACAUUAACUUCUACAACGUGAGGCCCCCUCUUGACCCCACACCAUUUCCAAAUAGCUUCAAGUGUUUUACUUGUGAAAAUGCAGGGGAUAAUUACAAUUGCAAUCGAUGGGCAGAAGACAAAUGGUGUCCACAGGACACACAGUAUUGUUUGACAGUUCAUCACUUCACCAGCCAUGGGAGAAGUACAUCCAUCACUAAAAAAUGUGCCUCUAAAAACGAAUGUCAUUUUGUUGGCUGCCGUCACAGCCGAGACUCGGAACACACGGAGUGCAGGUCUUGCUGCGAAGGAAUGAUCUGCAAUGUGGAGCUGCCUACCAACCACACAAACGCAGUCUUCGCUGUCAUGCACGCGCAGAGGACAUCUGGCAGCAGUGUCCCCACGCCCUACCUCCCGUUGCUGGCUUGGCUGUUCGUGCUUCCCUUGCUAUGAUGUUACUGUUCCUAAGAGGGACAGAGACAAGCUCUGUAAACAAAAGGCAGAAACAGCGGACUGGUGAAUUUUGGAGCGUUGGCCCAUCUUGCACUUAAUAAAGACGAUACACUGGACCCCAAAGUAGAAGGCAGAGGCUUGCUUUGCUGAAAUGCUCCUGCAUGAGGUCACAGCAUUGAGUGAGCAUGAGAACUUGGUAGGAACCAAGAGGACUACUUAACUCCCAGUGUCCUGGUUCAGGGGCACAGCAUUCUGUCUCUUCUGUAAGAAGAACAUCAGUAUUGUUGAUGGUUGCAUUAGCUUGGUAAAUCCCAGCCUGACCAGAAGUACUUUUUGACUCAAGGACUCCCCCAGAGGUUGCUGGGUCAGACGCUCUGGCUUCUGUGAUCAUCUCAGAGCAUCUCUGUGACAUUUAAUCCUUCUCUCCAUGGGAAAGCCGUUUCUCCACUGUGUUAACUUCCCAUUAUGGUAACGAGUACCUGAGAUGAUUCUUUUAUAAAGAUAAAUGGUUUAUUUGGGCUCACAGUUCUGGAGAUUGAGGUGCAUACUAGAUAGGGGCUUUUGUUAGAGAGUGAAUAGCCACUCACUCAUAACAGAGACUUGAGAAAUGGCUGGAGAGAUGGCUUAGCAGGGAAGGGCACUAACUAAUCCCCUAGAGGACUCAGCUUUGGUUCCCAGCUGGAGAGAUGGCUUAGCAGGGAAGGGCACUAACUAACUGAUCCCCUAGAGGACCCAGGUUUGGUUCCCAGCUGGAGAGAUGGCUUAGCAGGGAAGGGCACUAACUGAUCCCCUUAGAGGACCCAGUCUUGGUUCCCAGCACUGACAUGGCAGCUUAUAACUAAUAACUCCAGGUCCAGGGGAUCCAGUGCCCUCUUCUGGACUCUCUGAGUGCUGCAUACAUGUGGUACAUAGAAAUAUAUGUAAGUAAAACAUUCAUACGCACAAAAACAAAUAAAAUUUUCUUUUUAAAAAGGUGAAGGAAGGAAAGAGAGAGAGAAAUGGGGUGGGAGAGAAAGUGAGCGUGCAUGUAGGUUUCAACAGUACCCUUCAAAGUCAUGUUCCCAAUGUCCUAAAUCUCCCCAUUAGUCCCCACUUCCAAAAGUCUCAACCACCUCCUUAAUGGCACCAACUGGCUGAGGACCAGAAAUUUAACCUUGUAACAGUCAAGAUCCAAACAAUAGCACCCACUAACCACCUAGCCAAUGAAAAAGGCAGCUGUAAUAGGGAAAUUUCCAGUUGAAAUUCUAUGAAUCUGUUUGCCAAUUAUGAGGUGGUUGGGGCUGGGGUAUAAAACUUUGAGUUAGAUAAUGUCAUGCAUGCUGUGUGUCUCUUGACGACAUGGAAGCCUCUGAUGAAGCACAUUUGCCAAUGUCACUAAAGUUGUGUUUCCAGGCGCCAUGGGUGGCAUCUGCUAUCUGAAAGAAUAAAGUUUUAUGGCAAAGUG